AUGAAGAAACGUAAUGACGUAGAACCACAAGACGUACGUGCCCUUGCUGAACUGCCUGGGAAGCCCCUAGUGUGGAGCUGCCAACGCCCGGUGUUGAAACUAAAAUUGAGAAUACGGUCUUGAAUGAGUACGGCAGACUUUAAAGCACAGCUAUGCAGACCAUCAAGUGUGUUGUAGUCGGGGACGGUGCCGUGGGUAAAACCUGCCUGCUCAUCUCUUACACUACAAACAAGUUCCCCUCUGAAUAUGUCCCCACGGUGUUCGACAACUAUGCUGUAACUGUAAUGAUUGGAGGUGAACCCUACACCCUGGGUUUGUUUGACACCGCAGGUCAGGAAGACUAUGACAGACUACGUCCUUUGAGUUAUCCCCAGACAGACGUCUUCCUCGUCUGUUUUUCAGUCGUCUCCCCAUCCUCCUUCGAAAACGUUAAAGAAAAGUGGGUUCCUGAGAUCACCCACCACUGUCCGAAGACGCCCUUCCUGCUCGUCGGGACUCAGAUCGACUUGCGGGACGAUCCGUCAACUAUAGAGAAACUGGCCAAGAACAAGCAGAAGCCCAUCACCCCAGAGACGGCAGAGAAGCUGGCGAGGGACCUGAAGGCGGUGAAAUAUGUGGAAUGCUCCGCCCUCACGCAGAAAGGACUAAAGAAUGUGUUUGAUGAGGCCAUAUUGGCUGCACUGGAGCCCCCAGAGCCUAAGAAGAAACGCAAAUGUGUGCUGUUAUGAGGGGUUCCUCACUUUUCACAGCGCACACACACAUACACACACCUCUACAACAUCCCAUCUCCCCCCUCCCACACCCGUUGUCCUCGCUCUAAUAAGGCAGCAUUGUCCUCCGAUGGGAAGAGCAGAUUUCAGACGUGAGAUGAAGCUGGAAGCCAGGAGGCCUCCUCAUGCUGCUGCGGAUGAGCACAUCCAUCGCCCCGCCACCUGGGUUUUCUCCUCACUACCAAUAGAUGUGUGGUGAUGUUUUGUUUUGAUUUGCCAACCCCCCCCCCCCUCCCGCCCCACAGACAAUAACCAGACCAUAUUUAAGCAGCAGCAGCAUUCCAAAUGGACGCACUCCCAACCACUAACUGUCCGUCUGAGCUCCACAGGGCCGAGUGUCCGUCCAUUUGGGAUGUGGAGCUGAAGGCUCUGCAGGUCCACCACAGAAAUUGGCCUUUAAGAAGCAGAGAACGUUUAAACAGUGUUAGCAGAACAAGUGGUGUGUUCUUCAUGCGUUAUCAGGGACCAAGGGAUGCAGGAUGCUGUAACGUUUGUCGUCACCACACACUUUGAAGCGAUGCAGCAGAGACUUCCUGACCGUUGGGGUUUGUAGACGGCUGAUGGUGAAACUAAAAGCUCCACCAGAUUUCUAUGGCGGCUUCCUGCGGUCUCCAUCGGUCCGUCCUGAGGUGUGUGUUGUACCGUUCAGAGUGUGUGGUGCUGCGUAGCUGAGCCUUGGUCUCUGCUCCAAACCGUGGGAUUAAUGGAAGCUGGCUCCAGGUGUUUUUACCAAAAUCUUUUCUUUGUUUGUUUUCUGUUUGUGAUGUUUUUUUUUUUUAUUAUAUAUAAAAAAUAUAUAAAUAUAUAAAAAGGUUACUUUCACUCCUUUCACAUUUAGGGGUUGGAGCUCAUCUGAACUCUUUGCUGCCAGUUUCACAGAGAAAACUGAUGAUCGGCUUAGUUUGACCAGAAACAAUUCAUUUAAAAAUCCUAAAAGACUGACUGGUUUCUGUUUUUUGUUUUCCCUUGUUUUUGUUUUUUUUUACUGGUGGAUUAGAGUUGGGUUGAUCUCCAGCCCAAGUCAAUAUGAUUAUUAUAACCUGUUGUUGUUUUGGUGCAAAACCAAAUGCUUUGUCUAAAGUCUGUUCUUUGUAUAUGCAUUCUUUUCAGAAUUAUUAAACUUAUACCUUAAUUGCC